AAAAAGUAAAAAUGGGUAAAGAUAGAUAGCCGGAUAUUGUCCACUGCGGUGCGGACUGCGGUGUUGCAAAGUCUAUACUCUAUUCCAUUGCGGCAUUACCCACUUCCUAUCUCUUUCUUUCCCCCUCUGAAUUCCAAUUCUCUUUUACACCAUGAAUUUACUGGAGAAGCUGAAACUGCAGAAGAGGAGUUCAGCAGAGAAAGAAGAUGAAGGUCCUGUGUUCUGGUUUGAGACCACUGCCUCUCUUUCUCAUCGUUUCCAAUUUGAACCCACUGGUCAACUUUCCGUAAAGCUCGUUGAUGAUUCCAGACCAUUAUAUCGCAGGGUAGUUGAGUCUUUCCUGAAUAAAUUUUUCCCCUCAGGAUAUCCUUACAGUGUGAACGAAGGCUACCUUAGAUACACACAGUUUCGAGCACUGCAACAUCUCACCAGUGCAGCACUAUCUGUGCUAUCAACUCAGUCACUGCUGUUUGCUGCAGGCUUGCGGCCCACACCUGCUCAAGCAACUGCUGUUAGUUGGAUUCUAAAGGAUGGUAUGCAACAUUUAGGGACGAUAAUAUGUAGCAAUUUGGGUUCAAGAAUGGAUUCCGAGCCUAAAACUUGGAGAAUUUUAGCUGAUGCCAUGUAUGAUUUCGGCACUGGCUUGGAAGUGCUUUCCCCGUUAUGCCCACAUCUUUUUCUUGAGAUGGCAGGACUAGGAAAUUUUGCCAAGGGUAUGGCAAUUGUUGCUGCAAGAGCUACUAGAUUACCUAUAUAUUCAGCAUUUGCUAAAGAAGGAAAUCUCAGUGACCUCUUUGCUAAAGGGGAGGCUAUUUCAACUCUCUUUAACGUUUUUGGAAUUGGAGUUGGAAUUCAAUUAGCAUCUACUGUUUGUGCAUCCAUGCAGGGCAAGUUGGUUGCAUACCCUCUACUAUCAAUUAUACAUAUAUACAGCGUUGCUGAAGAAAUGAGGGCCACUCCUGUCAAUACAUUGAAUCCACAAAGAACGGCUAUGAUUGUAGCUGAUUUUGUCAAGACAAGAAAUGUGUCGAGCCCUGCUGAUCUAAGAUAUCGAGAAGACUUGCUCCUUCCUGGGCGACUUAUUGAAGAUGCCGGAAAUGUAAGAGUUGGUAGGGCUUUGCAAAAGGUGAUUAAGCCUUCAAGACUUCUUGAGUUAAGGCAACUAUUCCCUGGGGAGAAGUUUCUGUUAAAUCACGGAGACAAAUGCACCGACAUGGUACUGGAACAAGAUGCAAGUGGUGAAGAUGCAUUGAGAGGUUGGCUAGUCGCUGCCUAUGCGGCGGAAAACAUGAAUGCCUCUGGUGAGCUUCGUGUCGGUACCCUGCAAGAAGCCUAUGAGAAAAUGAAUGAUGUGUUCCCGGUGUUCUUACAAGAACUGCAGAACAAAGGGUGGCACACGGAUCGUUUUCUGGAUGGAAACGGGAGCCGCUUCGCAUUUUAGCGUUCCUAUAAAUCCGGGACUACGUAGGUAUUUUCAUCUAUUCUGUGACACUAGAUGCAUACAAAAAAUGGUUUUGAUUAGUUCUUUGAUGUUGGUCAUUUGAAACUUGAAAGUAGCCAUCAUUGUAUUCUGUAGCAGCGACAUAUCAUUCAUGUACCGUUGGAUGGGGCAUGGGGCUCCAAUUAAACUAGGACACGCGCCCCAUUCAAUAAUAGAUGGAUGAUAUGCCGGUGUGGAAUAUGAUGAUGGUUAUGUUAUAAAAACAUUUUUUAUUUAACUAACUAUUACAUGACAUGUUACACCCUUGCUUUUCGUGUGCUUUAAGGAAAACAUGACGGAUCAUGAAUUGAUUAAGAAUGAGAAUCAAUAAGAUUAGAAUAAUGAAUGCAAUAAACAUUUUACAUAUGCACUUGUACUGUGGUCAAUAUUUGUGACAAAUAAACGGAGAUAAUCAGUAAGAUGAAAUUAAUUAUGAAAAUUCAAGACGACCAGAAUAACUAUUGCAAGAAGUGUUUUACAUGUGCUCCUCCUAUUAAUCCCUUACUAUAUCUCUUGUAAUUAGAAUAACUCGGUUAUGUAUUUUCUAAACUUGUGGUCAAUAAUUCAUCACCAUUAAUAUAUUAUACUUCUCUUUGUUUUGAAAAUUUGUGCAUAUUGUAUUCCAUAGUUUGCACUUGGAAUAAAAUUUAACCGUCUCCAAAUCAUUGUCCUUUCUCUAUAUCAUUAAUUAUUUCUUGUCCCAUGGAAGGUAUAUAUAAGAAAUUGCCGAAAAUUUUAUUAUUUAUCCUUUCACUUUGGUAAGAGACGAUUGGUGAGACAAGUGAUAAGGAAAGUGAUAAGGAGGAGAUUUUAAGAUAGGUGAUUUCAUCAUUGUAUCAACCUAUGAGGCAAGAAUACUUUGCGGGAAUCGCAUAUGGGACACAUUUUCAGAGGACACUUAUUUAACAUUUGUCCGACACAUAUUUCUUGUGUCCUGAUAAAAAAAAAGAUUUCUCUUGACAUAUUUGGACACAAUUAAAUACUAUUACGUGUCGGUAUAUUUUGUAUUGUCUUAACAUUUAUUACGAUGGGUAAUUGGAGAUUAACGGAUUGGACUUGAUGGGUUGGCCCAAUCGCCUGAAGGAGGAGGUUUCCGACUAGGUUUUCGUUCGACUUGUGUGUGUGAAGGAAUGGGGGUGGUACCUGCAAAGACACUCCAAUGCCUAAGUUAGUAAGGGGUUAAGUAGGUUUUUUAGAGUAUUGAAACUUAGAGAUACCUGAGGGGUGUCGGUGUAUUUAUAGUGGUGAAUCAAUAACCACAUUUGGAGUAGUUCUACCUUUUAAGGAGGAUAACCAUUCCUUUAUCUUAGGGAAGUUGAGAUAUGACUCUUGGAAGUGGGUUGGGAGAUUUUAGGGGCAAUUACUUAUUUCAAUAAGGGUUAUCUGCCAGCUAAUCUUGAAUUCCGACUAUCUUGGGGUGAAAUUUGUGUCAAAUCCGACCUCUUCUGUGGAGAUCGAGUACGUGGGGAGGCCAUCUAUGGAUUGAGUAUUUUUAUCUUAUUUGGACCUGGAAUUUAGUGUUGAGACAAGAUACGAAAAACAUUUAUA